AUGAUCAGCCACCAGGACACCACAGCCAGGACACCGACGCCAGGACACGGCCUCCAGGACACCGCCACCAGGACACCGCCGCCAGGACACCGCCACCAGGACACCGCCACCAGGACACCGCCGCCAGGACACCGCCACCAGGACACCUCCGCCAGGACACCUCCGCCAGGACACCGCCACCAGGACACCUCCGCCAGGACACCUCCGCCAGGACACCUCCGCCAGGACACCGCCACCAGGACACCGCCACCAGGACACCGACGCCAGGACACCGACGCCAGGACACCGCCACCAGGACACCGUCACCAGGACACCGCCACCAGGACACCGCCACCAGGACACCGCCACCAGGACACCUCCACCAGGACACCGCCACCAGGACACCGCCACCAGGACACCGUCGCCAGGACACCGCCGCCAGGACACCGCCACCAGGACACCGCCGCCAGGACACCUCCGCCAGGACACCUCCGCCAGGACACCGCCGCCAGGACACCUCCGCCAGGACACCGCCACCAGGACACCGCCACCAGGACACCUCCGCCAGGACACCGCCGCCAGGACACCUCCGCCAGGAAACCGCCACCAGGACACCUCCGCCAGGACACCGCCACCAGGACACCGACGCCAGGACACCGACGCCAGGACACCGACGCCAGGACACCGCCACCAGGACACCGCCACCAGGACACCGUCACCAGGACACCGCCGCCAGGACACCGCCACCAGGACACCGCCACCAGGACACUGCCACCAGGACAGCUCCGGGCCGCCCGGCAGGACAGCCUCAUCUGGGCCCUGAGGCUCAGGCCACCGGCCCUGGACCGGCAGGUGGAACUGAUGGAUAGGAGGCUCUGGAGGUCUGGGCAGCAGCAGCUCCUCCAGUUAGUGUGA